CGAGUUCUGAAUGAAAGGAAAGGGGCGGGGCUGAGGUCGAGAGAUUGGGCUGUGUCCUGCUUGUUAUUGUCACAGAGAGUAGCCUUCCUCUCGUCCGAAAUGACUUCUCUACAUUAUCUCUGCUGCUCAGGAUUUCUCCAGAGACAGCGCCUUGCCUAUUUCCUUGCAAACCCACACUAUGGCAGCCUCAUUAAUGCAGAUGGCCAUGCUGAAGUGUGGACAGAUUGGAAUGAUAUGUCCAAGUUUUCCCAGUAUGGAUGGAGAUGUACCACUAAUGAGAAUGCCUAUUCAAACCGUACCCUGAUGGGAAACUGGAACCAGGAAAGAUAUGACCUAAGGAAUAUCGUGCAGCCCAAACCCUUGCCUUCCCAGUUUGGACACUACUUUGAAACAACAUAUGAUAUGAGCUAUAACAACAAAAUGCCACUUUCAACUCAUAGAUUUGAGAGAGAGCCUCACUGGUUUCCAGGACAUCAACCUGAGCUGGAUCCUCCUCGACAUAAAUGCACAGAAAAGUCAACUUAUAUGACUAGCUACUCAGAGCCUCAAAUCGGGCAUCACUCCGCAACUUCUAUGGAGGAUUAAAGAUGGCCACAAAUUCUUUGACACCCGUGUUAUCAAAAGGUGGAAGUCUAUGCCCCUUCGUUUUAAAUGUAGACAGAUUCUGCAACUGCUUUGAUCCCAAAAAUAUGGCAAAAGUAAUACUGUGCAGGUUCCUAGGUCCAGGCCUUAAGAAACUAGUAGCUUUCACCUCCUUCCUGGAGGUGAAAUACUCCUUCCUGAAGCCCUGAAGUCCAGCUACCUGAAGCAAACACUUGCUUCCUUUCUGAAAGGCAGGAAAGGCCCUGAAAGACCCUGACACUACAAAGAGAGGGAGAGGGGACCAGCUGAGCCCAGCCUUCCAACCACCUUCGCUGAAGCAUCAAGAAUGAGGGUUAAGUCAUCUUGAAGCCCGAAAACCACCAACUGACCCCAGUCAAUGUCAUGAGGAACUCAAGAAUUGCCCAGCUGAGCCCUGCGCUAUAAAUAGUAAGAUCUAAGAAUGUGGUUCUUAAGCUACUAAGUUUUGGGAUAGUUUGAUAUGCAGGAAUAGAGCACCAGAACAAUAUUCUAUAAGUUCAGUUUGUAGCCUAUAAACUUGCUGAACUCUUUUAUUGGUUCUAAUAGUUUGUCUACUGAUUCUCUUGGGGUUGUUUGGGCAGGUGAUUGUAUCAUUUGCAAAUAUUGGCCAAUAUGCCCAUUCUCCUGAAUUUUAUUUUUAUUCAUUUAAAUAUUUUCAUAUUCAUUUAUCCAUAUGGUUAUUUGCCUUUACUGCUUGAAAACGACUCUACCACUUCUAUGUGUUAGUAACAAAGAGAUUGCAUCACACGUGAACUUACUGUUCUCUCUUAUCAAGAAAUCUGUCUCCCAUUCACUCUUUAACCUACCACUUUCCUGAAACUGUAUUUAUGAAGGUGAAAGUUUUGCUAAAUCUACUGGACACUUCAGCUCAUAGGUUAUUUCAAUUUAAUAUUCUGCAUUUGAUAAUCUACCUGACUACUCACCUCUUUCUUCCCUUGGUUUCUGUGAUGUCAUGUUAAAUAUUUUUCCCUCACAUCUUUGUGAGACACUGCUUUGUCUCCUUUAUGAGCUCAUCUUUCUCUGUCAACCCCUUAACUCUGCCUUUCCAAUGAUUCUGUUUUUGGCCAUCCGCCCAGCUUCCUUUGGCUAACCCUAAAUGGUACUAUCACUCCCAGAACUGUAGUUCUCACCUAUGUCCUUCCAUAUUCUAAACCCCUACUUCCAUACUAGGUGUGUCCCCAGAGCUCUGGAUAUACAUAACCAACGACUUAUUGAGUAUCUAUCUCCAUUUGAAUUCCCAAAGCGUCGCAAACUCAACAGACCUACAACUGUAUUCAUGGUCUUUUGUCUCAAAUUAUUUUCUCUCCUAAGGUAUUCCAUACCUAGGUGAAUUCCAUAGUUCUCUCUCUUAUGUAUAUUAACCACUCUCUUAUUUUUAAUAUUAUAUGUUAUGUAAUAUUUGGAUGCCUUUUCCUUCUUUUUGUUGUCUGACUGCUGGGGCUAGGACUUUCAGUACUAUGUUGAACAACAGUGGUGAGAGCGGACUGUCGUGUUCCUGACCUUAGGGAAAAAGCUCUCAGUUUUUCCCUGUUGAGGAUGAUAUUCCCUAUGGGCCUUUCUUAGAAUUAUUCUAUUAAAAAAUUGAUAGUUAAAAAAAUUAAAGCACUUAGCACAGUGCCUACCACAUCUAAGUGCUCAAUAAAUGUUAGCUAAUAUUUUAAAAACAAAAUAAAUGAUAGUUAGAAUUGCCUCAACAAACUUGUGUCAUAAUUCAGAUAUAAGGAAUGAAGUAGAAUUAUGGAUGAGCUAGCUAUAAAGCUGAAAAAAAAUCUUUAAAUAUACUGGACUAGAAAAGUCCUACACUAAUAACAAUGAACAGCCCACAGGCAAAGAUGUGAUCUGGAAAAGAGUAACAAUAAAGAAGUACUCUUACUUGAGUUCAGUAAAAAUACACCAAAAAGUGACCCUGCACAUUCUGAACAAAUUUGUUAAAAACAUAAAUAUCAUGAUCUAAUAGUCAAAGUAUGACUUAUUUAAGACCAAGUCAUUAAGAUUAUGUCUGAUUGAGAAAUCUGGUAAUUCAGUAAAAUGAUUAAAGUUGACACAUGGUUUCCAAGACAUUCUUCAGAUUUUUACACUAUUUAAUUCAGCCUCUGUCAGUUAAGAUUUUUUUGUAUAUCAGUAACAUAAAACCAUUGUCAAAAUAGAUUACACGAAAACAAGACAUAAGACAUUAUGAAGUAGAAAGGUCUAGAGUUGGCCAAUUUGGCAAUUCAGUGACCCAUCAAGGACCUGGAGUCCCACCAUCCUUCUUGCUCAGCCAUUCUCAGCAUAUCAUGGAUGGUCUCUCAUGGUUUCAGGAUGGCUACAGCAAUCUGAGUGUCACAUCCUCAUGCUCCAACAUCUGGAGGAAGAAAAAAAAUAUCUCCCCCUCCCACCUUUCCCCUCUCUCUCUCUCUUUUGAUGAAUCUUUUUUAAAAACUAAAAUCCGGGUUACCUGGGUGGCUCAGUCGG